AUGACAGAUUACACUAUGAAAAUUGGUCCUAAUCAGUCUCAAAGAGGCUUUUCAAAAGGUGCUUUGGACAGAUCAACUGCUGCAAAACUUAGACUAGAACAUUUUUAUAAAAUUACCUUGGAUCAAGCAAGAGAACCUGAAAAAAAACUUGAGAACGAAGUUUGUUCGGAAGAGCGUAAAAACCGCCAAUUAGUUUCACUUGGUCGUAAAGAAUCACAUUUUUUAAGAUUAAAAAGAACAAGUUGA